AUGGCGACGUUGAUGCUGGUCAACUGUUCCAAUUGCCGGACGCCGUUGCAGCUCCCGCCCGGCGCUCGAUCCAUCCGUUGUGCGCUCUGCCAUGCCGUAACAAACGUCGCCGAUCCGCGCUCUGUUCCUCCGCCUUCUUCUGCGCCUCAACCUCAUUCCUCCUCCGCUCCUCCACCUUCCAAUCUUCCUUCUCCCUACCAACAACCUCCGCCGCCCAGUUCCCACGGCCGGAAGAGGGCCGUGAUCUGCGGGAUUUCCUAUAGGUAUUCCAGGCACGAGCUCAAAGGUUGCAUCAACGACGCCAAGUGUAUGCGUUACCUUCUCAUCAAUAAGUUCAGCUUCCCCCCUGAUUCUAUUCUUAUGCUCACCGAGGAGGAAACUGAUCCUUACAGGAUACCCACUAAACAUAAUCUUAGGAUGGCGUUAUAUUGGCUUGUACAAGGUUGUCAGCCUGGAGACUCGCUGCUGUUCCACUAUUCUGGUCAUGGUUCCAGGCAACGGAACUACAACGGUGAUGAAGUUGAUGGAUAUGAUGAAACCCUUUGUCCUUUGGAUUUUGAAACUCAAGGCAUGAUUGUGGAUGAUGAAAUUAAUGCCACAAUUGUGAGACCUCUCCCUCACGGUGUUAAGCUCCAUGCUAUAAUUGAUGCUUGUCAUAGUGGCACUGUCCUGGAUUUGCCCUUCCUUUGCAGAAUGAACAGGAGUGGGCAAUAUGUAUGGGAGGACCAUAGACCACGUUCCGGUCUGUGGACAGGAACAAAUGGUGGAGAGGCAAUAUCCUUUAGUGGCUGUGAUGAUGACCAAACUUCUGCAGAUACAUCAGCUUUGUCCAAAAUAACGUCUACUGGUGCAAUGACUUUUUGUUUCAUCCAAGCGAUUGAGCGCAGCCAGGGUACAACUUAUGGGAGUAUUCUCACUUCGAUGCGUUCGGCCAUUCGAGCUACUGGCAAUAAUGGCCUUGGUGGUGGGCCUGUCACUUCUGUCCUCACCAUGCUUCUGACAGGUGGCAGCAGUCUUAGUGGUGGACUGAGACAGGAGCCACAGUUAACUUCAUGUCAGCCAUUCGAUGUGUACACCCGCCCUUUCUCUCUAUGA